AAGGGAACCAAUCAAGCCCUGGCCGAGAUCAAGGAGCUUCUGAAGCAACAGAUCCACGAGAUCGUUUUCCUCAAGAACACGGUGAUGGAGUGCGAAGCUUGUGCCAUGCGUGGGGUGGAGCCUCCCCGAGCCUCCUGCGACCCGAACCCCUGCCACCCCGGCGUCAAGUGCACCGAGACGGCAGACGGCAUCAGCUGCGGACCCUGCCCCGACGGCACAGUGGGCAACGGAACCCACUGCAAAGACGUGGACGAGUGUUCCGUGAUCCCGUGUCACAUGGGCGUGCGCUGCAUCAACACGUCCCCAGGGUUCCGCUGCGGCCCGUGUCCGGCGGGAUACAUGGGCCCCCAGGUGCACGGCGUGGGACUCGCUUACGCCAGGUCCAACAGACAGGUCUGCAAAGACGUCGACGAGUGUGUAGUGGACAACGGUGGCUGCGUGCAAAACGCCAACUGCAUCAACACACCAGGAUCUUACAGGUGUGCCUGCAAGAAAGGGUACGUCGGUGACCAGAACAGCGGAUGCAGGGCAGAGCGAGGAUGUGGAAAUGGCCAACACAACCCGUGCCACACCAACGCUGACUGCAUCUCUCACCAAGACGGAACGGUCGAGUGUGUCUGUCAUGUUGGAUGGGCAGGCAACGGUUAUUUCUGCGGGCCUGAUGUUGACAUUGAUGGCUUCCCAGACCAGAAGUUGCCUUGUCCCGAGACAAACUGCAAAAAGGAUAACUGCCAGACGGUGCCCAACUCUGGGCAAGAGGACGUCGACAAGGAUGGCAUCGGAGACGCAUGUGACGAUGACGCAGAUGGUGAUGAAAUUCCAAACACACAGGACAACUGUGUGCUCGUGCACAACGUGAACCAGGACAAUGAGGACCAGGACGACUUCGGCGACGCCUGCGACAACUGCCGCCGUGUGAAGAACGACGACCAGCGGGACACAGACAGCGACGGCCACGGCGACGAGUGUGACGACGACAUCGACGGAGACGGUAUCAAGAACGGGCAGGACAACUGCAAAAAGACGCACAACGUCGAUCAGAAGGACAGAGACAGAGACGGCGUUGGAGACGCAUGUGACAGCUGUCCUUACGUCCCCAACCCUGACCAGAGCGAUAAGGACAACGACCUGAUCGGGGACCCUUGUGACACCAAUAAGGACAGCGAUGGUGAUGGGCACCAGGACACCCGGGAUAACUGCCCAGCCGUCAUCAACAGCUCUCAGCUGGACACCGACGGAGAUGGCCUCGGAGACGAGUGCGACGACGAUGACGAUAACGACGGGAUCCCCGACCUCAUCCCCCCCGGCCCUGACAACUGUCGCCUGGUUCCGAACCCCCUGCAGGAGGACUCCGAUGGGGAUGGAAUUGGCAAUUUGUGUGAGAAUGACUUCGACAACGACACCUUCAUCGAUAAGUACGACGACUGCCCAGAGAACGCCGAGGUCACGCUGACGGACUUCCGGGCCUUCCAGACCGUGGUUCUGGACCCCGAGGGCGACGCCCAGAUAGACCCCAACUGGGUCGUCCUCAAUCAGGGCAGAGAGAUUGUUCAGACCAUGAACAGUGAUCCAGGCCUGGCUGUCGGUUACACUGCAUUCAACGGCGUGGACUUUGAGGGGACGUUUCACGUGAACACGGUGACCGAUGACGACUACGCGGGCUUCAUCUUCGGCUACCAGGACUCGUCCAGCUUCUACGUGGUCAUGUGGAAGCAGGUGGAGCAGAUCUACUGGCAGGCCAACCCGUUCCGCGCCGUGGCGGAGCCGGGCAUCCAGCUGAAGGCGGUGAAGUCGUCCACGGGACCGGGGGAGAACCUGCGCAACUCGCUGUGGCACACGGGCGACACGACGGACCAGGUGAAGCUCUUGUGGAAGGACUCGCGCAACGUCGGCUGGAAGGACAAGACCUCGUACCGCUGGUUCCUCCAGCACAGACCUACGGAGGGCUACAUCAGGUAG